AUGAGUCUGUACUCUAAACGGGAAAGGCUUCACAUGUACACAAGUACUCUGUUCCAGAUCACUCAGUGGUAUAAUAAACUACACAGCACAAUUCUGGCUGUUGAGCUGCGUUUGGUAGAAUCUGAGCUGGAGCAAGUGAGGUGUACCUUAAGGCCAGCGUUAAAGGAACUGCAGUGGAGUGAUGAAAACCUUGCUGACUACAUUAAGAGCACAUGUGAUCUGGUAUGUGGUGUAUCGGAGCGUGUGCAGAAGAGCAAGGCUAACUUGGAGAAACUGCAGGGGCUGAUGGGAGUUUUCAGUCACUCUGCCUGCAUUACGCGUAGGACUAAUCGGCGUGGCAAUCUGCUCAACCUCACCGAUGUAGAGGAGAACUUCAAGCGACAAUAUGCUCUCAUCGCUCGCACAGGAGAGAAGAUACAUGAGCUUGUGCAGGAGAAUGCUGAGCUGCUUGGUGCUGAUUUGGACUCAGAGGCUUGGCAGUGCUACACAGAACAUGUGGACAGAAGCAUUCUUACUGGGUUCUGCAGUGCUGUUCGAUGUUCCUUGCAGUACUUAGUUGAGAACACAGACCUAGCGCUCCACAUUUCUCCCCUCUUUGAAGUUCAGCUGACCCUCACCUCUGACAUGAUCUUUCACCCCUCGCUCAGUUUCUCCAAGAAGGGAAACUUCUAUGAUAUCAUCGACCAGAUGGUGUCAGAUAUUUUUAAAAUGGCUUCUUUCAUAAAAAGAGUGGCUAAGAACAAACAGUCUGAGACUUACAAGUCUGAUAUAGAUUCUACACCUGAGCUGGUGGAGCUGGCUCAGCUGGUGCGAUACCGUGCACGUGUGGCCAUUGCUAAGGUCAAAGAAUUCCAACAUUCCUUUGAUUCCUAUCGUUAUCUCUGGACCGGAGACAGGGUGGAGUUCAUGAGGCAGUUUCUGCUCUAUGGACACGCCCUCUCUGCUGAGGAGGCGGAGCUUUAUGCAGAUUAUGAGCUGCCCAAGAAUCCGCCCAAACUGCAGAACUUCAGAGAACAGAUCAGUGAGUUUGAGGAUCUUUACGAGAAGGUAUGCAUGUUAGAGGAGAAGAGAGUAUUCUGUGGCUGGUUUCAGGUGGACAUAAAACCUUUCAAAAUAUCUUUGAUGAACAUCAUUAAGAAAUGGAGCUGGAUGUUUAAGGAACACUUACUGAACCAUGUUAUUGCAAGUGUUAAAGAGCUGGGAUCAUUUAUUGAGGAUACAGAGAUUGGGUUGGCAAGGACUGUAACCAAUGGGGAUUAUGGCAAACUGGUGGACAUCAUGGGCCACCUGAUGGCCAUCAGAGACCGACAGCUGAGCACAGAGCAGCAUUUCAAACCCCUCAAAGCCACCUCGAACCUGCUCAAAACCUACAACCAACAGCUACCUGAGCAUGUUUACAUACUGCUGGAGUCCUUGCCAGAGAAAUGGAAGAAUCUCAAGAAGGUGGCAUUUACAGUAAAACAUGAGGUUGCUCCUCUCCAGGCCAAUGAAGUUGCUGUCAUCCGCAGGAAGUGUGUUCAGUUUGAGAUUAAACAGCAUGAAUUCAGGGAACAGUUCCGCACUGAGUCCAUAUUCUUCAUCAGCCUGCAGGAGCCGUACAAACUCAUUGACAAGACGAAUCGUGCAGUGGCUCAUUUGGAGAAUGAGAUGUCUAAGCUUCAACAAACAGCCAAUCUGUUCGAAGUCAGUUUCCCUGACUACAAACAACUUCGACAGUGUCGGUCAGACAUCAUCCUGGUUAAAGCAGUCUGGGAUAUGGUUAUGUUUGUUAAGUCCAGCAUCUCAGACUGGACUAAGACUCCAUGGAAGGAGAUCAAUGUGGAACAGAUGGAUAUGGAGCUCAGAAGGUUUGCUAAGGAGAUGAAGACUCUGGACAAAGAGGUGCGUGCGUGGGAUGUCUACAACGGUCUGGAAUCCAUCGUUAAGAAUUUGUUGACAUCACUGAGAGCUGUUAACGAACUUCAAAACUCUGCUGUCAGAGAACGACACUGGCAACAGCUCAUGCGCACAACAGGGGUGAGUUUUGUGAUGGAUGAGAACGCCACACUUGGUGAUCUCUUAGAGCUGCAGCUCCACCGUGUGGAGGAGGAAGUGAAGAACAUUGUGGACAAAGCAGUUAAAGAGAUGGGAAUUGAGAAGAUUCUGGGUGAGAUCAAGCAGACAUGGUCCAUGAUGUCUCUGUCUUAUGAGACACACACAAGUACUGGAACACCUCUGCUCAAGGCUGAUGAAAACCUCAUUGAAACCCUGGAGGACAACCAGGUUCAGUUGCAGAAUAUUCUCAUGAGUAAGUAUGUGGAGUAUUUCAUGGUGGAGGUGAGCGGCUGGCAGCGGAAGCUGGUGGUAGCUGAUCUGGUCAUUGGCACAUGGUUGGCGGUUCAGCGCACCUGGGCUCACCUCCAGAGCAUUUUUACCAACUCUGAGGACAUCCGGAACCAGCUGGCCCACGAUGCAGAGCGGUUUCAGGGCAUCCAUCAGGACUUCCAGAGUUUAAUGACCAGUGUCGUGGAGACUGAUAAUGUGAUAAAAGUCGCUAACCAGCCAGGCUUCUUGGAGCAACUUGAGACUCUUCAGCAAAGAUUGUCAGUGUGCGAGAAGGCUCUGGCUGAGUAUUUGGAGACAAAGCGUUUGACAUUUCCACGCUUUUACUUCGUCUCAGCUAGUGAUUUGCUGGAAAUAGUUUCUAAGGGAACUCAGCCCAGAGAGGUGACUCGACACUUGCUGAAGCUCUUUGACAAUCUGGCUGAUCUCAGCUUUAAAGAAGAGGAAGAUAAUGGAGGAUUGGAUCCCAAAACACCUGUUGCCUUAGGAAUGUACAGUAGAGAGGGAGAGUAUGUGCCCUUCUCACAGCCCUGUGUGUGUGAGGGACAGGCCGAGUGUUGGCUGAAUGCUCUGGAGAAGGCCAUGUGUUCCACUGUUCGCCAGGAGAUCUCUGAAGCUGUGGCAGCGUAUGAAGACAAGCCACGAGAGCAGUGGCUCUUUGACCACCCAGCGCAGGUAGCACUGACUGGCAGUCAAAUUUGGUGGGCAACAGAUGUGGGCAUUGCCUUUGAGAGGGUGGAGGAGGGUUUUGAGACUGCCUUGAAAGACUACAACCGAAAACAGAUCAGUCAGCUGAAUUCUCUGAUAAACAUGCUACUGGGCGACCUCACCCCUGGAGACCGACAGAAGAUCAUGACCAUCUGCACUAUUGAUGUCCACGCUCGUGAUGUAGUUGCUAAACUCAUAUCUCAGAAGGUCACCAGUGGACAGGCGUUUGCGUGGCUUUCACAGUUACGGCAUCGAUGGGAUGAGAAACAGAAGCACUGUUACAUCAACAUCUGUGAUGCACAGUUUCAGUUCUCAUACGAGUAUCUAGGGAAUACCAACAGACUGGUCAUAACACCACUCACUGACCGAUGUUACAUCACUCUGACUCAGUCUCUGCACCUCACCAUGAGUGGCGCCACUUCUGGUCCGGCUGGAACUGGCAAGACAGAAACCACCAAAGACCUAGGCCGAUCACUCGGCAUCAUGGUCUAUGUGUUCAACUGCUCAGAGCAAAUGGACUACAAGUCCAUAGGUAAUAUCUAUAAAGGGUUGGCCCAAACAGGAGUGUGGGGUUGUUUUGAUGAGUUUAACAGGAUUGCAGUGGAGGUUCUGUCUGUGGUCGCUGUGCAGGUGAAAACCAUUCAGGAUGCAGUCCGCAAUAAGAAACAAAGGUUUCACUUCCUGGGGGAGGAGAUUGAGUUGAGGCCAACAGUUGGGAUCUUCAUCACUCUGAACCCUGGAUAUGCCGGGAGAACUGAACUACCAGAGAACCUUAAAGCACUUUUCAGGCCAUGUGCAAUGGUGAUUCCUGAUUACGAGUUGAUCUGUGAGAUCAUGUUGGUGGCCGAAGGUUUUUUAGAGGCACGUUUGCUCGCACGCAAGUUCAUCAGCCUCUAUACACUCUGCAAAGAGCUGCUUUCCAAACAGGAUCAUUAUGACUGGGGCUUGAGGGCCAUAAAGUCGGUCUUGGUUGUUGCUGGCUCACUGAAGAGGGAGGACAGGAGCCGACCUGAAGAGCAGGUGUUAAUGCGUGCUCUACGAGACUUUAAUCUGCCGAAGGUUGUGACAAGUGACGUGCCCAUAUUCUUGGGCCUGAUAAGUGAUCUCUUUCCUCUUCUGGACAUCCCACGCAAAAGAGACCAAGAGCUUGAACAGAAUGUGCGCCGGUCGGUCGCUGAACUUCACCUGCAGCCAGAGGAGAACUUCAUACUCAAGGUGACCCAGCUGGAGGAGCUGUUGGCAGUGAGACACUCUGUUUUUGUUGUGGGCGGACCUGGAACAGGAAAAAGUCAGAUUCUAAAGACGCUGCAUAAGACCUACUCUAACAUGAAACUGAAGCCCAUCUGGACUGAUAUCAACCCUAAAGCUGUCACCACUGAUGAGCUGUUUGGCUUCCUGCACCCAGCUACACGGGAGUGGAAAGACGGUCUGUUUUCUUCCACUAUGAGAGAACUCUCUGCUAUAUCCCAUGAUGGGCCGAAGUGGAUUGUUCUAGAUGGAGACAUCGACCCCAUGUGGAUUGAAUCACUUAACACUGUCAUGGAUGAUAAUAAGGUGCUUACCUUGGCCAGUAAUGAGCGGGUAUCACUGACCCCCUCCAUGCGUUUACUGUUUGAGAUCAGCCACCUGAAGGCUGCAACCCCGGCUACAGUAUCUAGGGCUGGAAUUCUUUACGUGAAUCCUCAGGAUCUGGGCUGGAGUUUGUAUGUGACAAGCUGGAUAGACACCCGUCAGGCCCAAUCUGAGCGAGCAAAUCUCACGAUAUUGUUUGAUAAGUAUGUUCCCUACUGUCUGGAGCAGGUCAGAUGCAACCUUAAGACAAUCACACCUAUACCUGAGACAAGCAUGGUACAGACGCUGUGUUGUCUGCUGGACUGCUUGCUAACCGAAGAAAACACCCCUCCGGACUCUCCCCGUGAGCUCUACGAGCUCUACUUUGUGUUUGCAUGUGUCUGGGCCUUUGGAGGGGCACUAUUUCAGGACCAUCUAAUAGACUAUCGUUCAGAGUUCAGUCGUUGGUGGUGUAAGGAGAUGAGAGCCGUGAAGUUUCCCUCUCAGGGUUCAGUGUUUGAUUACUACAUCGACCCAAACACCAAACGGUUCACUCCGUGGAGUGAACGCACACCUCCCUUUGAGCUGGAACCUGACAUCCCUUUGCAGACGGUAUUGGUUCACUCGGCAGAGACAAUCUGCCUGACAUACUUCAUUGAGUUACUUCUGCAGAAGGGGAAACCAGUGAUGUUGGUAGGAAAUGCUGGUGUAGGGAAAACUAUCCUGGUCUGGGAUAAGAUUGCCAAACUCAAAGAGGAAUUCAUGGUCGCGAAAGUACCUUUCAAUUACUACACGACCUCAGCCAUGUUACAACGUGUGCUGGAGAAGCCCCUGGAGAAGAAGGCAGGCCGGAAUUUUGCUCCUCCUGGCACUAAAAAACUCAUCUACUUUGUGGAUGACAUGAACAUGCCUGAGGUAGAUGCUUAUGGCACCGUUCAGCCUCAUACCCUUAUCAGACAGCACCUGGACUACUCCCACUGGUAUGACCGUCAGAGACUAGUACUCAAGGAGAUUCAUAACUGUCAGUACAUCACCUGCAUGAACCCAACAGCGGGAAGCUUCUCAGUUAAUCCUCGACUACAGAGGCAUUUCUCAGUGUUUGCUGUACAUUUCCCUGGCGCGGAGGCUCUGAGCACUAUAUACAGCAGCAUUCUGAGUGGUCAUUUCCAGCAGGUUGGCUACAGUUUUGGUGUUAGUCGCAUGACCAACACACUGGUCCAGGCUGCCAUCUGCCUGCAUCAGAAAAUGAGCCAGAACUUCCUUCCCACAGCCAUUCGGUUCCACUACAUUUUCAACCUCAGAGACAUUUCAAACAUCUUCCAGGGAAUUCUCUUCGCUCUGCCAGAGCAAGUGCGGUACCCUAUAGACCUAGUUCACCUAUGGCUGCAUGAGUCUUCUCGUGUGUAUUCAGACAAACUGAUGGAGGAGAAAGACGUAGAGCUGUUCAACAAGAUUCUGCUAGACACAGGCAAAAGAUACUUUGAAGGUAUAGAUGAGUCUAUUUUUAUCAACCAGCCAUUGAUCUACUCCCAUUUCGCUCACGGUGUGGGUGAGCCACGUUACGCACAGGUGACUGACCUGGAGAAGCUUCAGAAGACCCUGAUGGAUGCUCUUGAGCACUACAAUGAGCUGUACUCUGACAUGAACCUGGUGCUGUUUGAAGAAGCCAUGCAACACAUCUGUAGGAUAAGUCGUAUUCUUGAGUCUCCUGUGGGGAAUGCCUUGCUGAUUGGAGUAGGUGGUAGCGGGAAACAGAGUCUGUGUCGGUUGGCUGCUUUUCUCAGCGUCCUGGAAGUAUUUCAGAUCACACUGAGAAAGGGUUAUGGCAUCAGCGACCUGAGGAGUGAUAUCGCUGCACUGUACAUAAAGGUGGGAGUGAAGAAUAUUGGCACCGUCUUCCUGCACACAGAUGCCCAGAUUCCUGAUGAAAGAUUCCUGGUGCUGAUCAACGACAUGCUAGCAUCUGGAGAUAUACCUGACCUAUUCAGUGAGGAAGAGGUUGAUAUGAUUGUCACCUCUGUUCGAGUGGAGUUGAGGGCGCUUGGUCUGCUGGACACACGUGAAAACUGCUGGAAUUUCUUCAUUGAUCGGAUACGCAGACAGCUUAAGGUGGUGCUGUGUUUCUCUCCGGUUGGCUUCACUCUUCGUACACGUGCACGGAAGUUUCCGGCUAUUGUGAACUGCACCGCCAUUGACUGGUUCCAUCCUUGGCCCCAGCAUGCAUUGCAGUCUGUCAGCAGCACUUUUAUACAAAAUAUCUUUGGCCUGGAGCCGGUGGUAAGAGUGUCCAUCAGUGAGUUUAUCUCUUUCGCUCACACUAGUGUGAAUGAAGUCAGCAUAAAGUAUCAACAGAAUGAAAAACGCUUCAACUACACCACACCCAAGAGCUUCCUGGAGUUCAUGAAACUUUACGGCAACUUGCUUGGGACAAAAAGAAAAGAACUGAGCCAAAAGAUGGAACGCCUGGAAAACGGCCUGCAGAAACUACUGACCACUGCAUCACAGGUGGAGGAUCUAAAGGCUAAAUUAGCCACACAGGAAGUGGAGCUGCAACAAAGAAACAUUGAUACUGAAGCUCUCAUCGCUAAAAUCGGCCAGCAGAGUGAGAAACUCAGUCAGGAGAGGAGUGUAGCAGAUGCAGAGGAGCAAAGAGUAGAAGCGAUCCAAGCAGAAGUGACCAAGCAGCAGCAGGGGACUGAAGCAGACCUGGCAAAAGCAGAACCAGCUUUACAGGCAGCUAAUGCAGCACUCAACACACUCAACAGGUUGAACCUAACAGAGUUGCGGACAUUUCCGAAUCCUCCUGCCAUCGUAUCUAAUGUGUCUGCAGCUGUUUUGGUGCUGUUGUCUCCUAAUGGCCGUAUCCCAAAGGACCGCAGCUGGAAAGCAUCUAAAGUUGUCAUGAGUAAAGUGGAUGACUUCUUACAGGCACUGAUUCAUUUUGAUAAAGAGCAUAUCCCUGAAGCCACAGUGCGUGUGGUCAAAGAAGAGUAUUUGAGUGAUCCAGAGUUUAAUCCAGAGUUUGUGCGUCUGAAAUCAUCUGCAGCGGCCGGUCUCUCUGCUUGGGUCAUUAACAUCAUCCGCUUCCAUGAGGUGUUCUGUGAGGUGGAGGUGAAAAGGAUGUGUCUGGCUCAGGCAAACGCUGAUCUGGCUGAAGCUGCAGAAAAAUUAGAGAUUAUCAGAAAGAAGCUGGCUGAGUUGGAUGGUAGUUUGGACACACUGAAAGCUGCAUUUGAAAAAGCAACCUCGGAGAAACUCCGUUGUCAGGAUGAGGUGAACCACACCAACACCACCAUCCAACUGGCCAACCGCCUGGUCAAGGGUUUAGAGUCAGAAAACGUACGCUGGGCUCACACUGUGGCUCAGUACCGUGAGCAGGAAUCCACACUGUGUGGAGACGUUCUCCUCACGGCAGCCUUCAUCUCUUACGCUGGCUCCUUCUCAAAGAGAUACAGACAUGAGUUACUUCAUAACCUCUGGAUGCCUUACCUGCGUGCCCAGAAGGUGCCCAUUCCAAUGACUGAGGGCUUAGAUCCCAUCUCCAUGUUAACAGAUGGUGCUACCAUUGCUCAGUGGAAUAAUGAGGGUUUGCCAGGUGAUAAGAUAUCUACUCAGAAUGCAACUAUACUAACCAACUGUGAGCGCUGGCCUCUGCUCAUUGACCCCCAGCUGCAGGGCAUCAAGUGGCUCAAGAGUCGCUAUGGCAACAGCCUGAAGGUCAUUAACCUCAGCCAGAAGGGGUAUGUGGAUGUGAUUGAACAGGCCGUAGUCUCAGGAGAGCCUGUGUUGAUUGAGAAUCUGGAAGAGACAAUUGAACCAGUUAUUGAUCCACUGCUGGGCCGACACACCAUCAAGAAGGGCAGAUGUAUUAAAGUGGGGGAUAAGGAAUGUUAUUUCCAUCCAGACUUCCGACUGAUUCUGCACACUAAGCUGGCAAGCCCACACUAUAAACCUGAGAUCCAGGCUCAGACCACUCUCAUCAACUUCACUGUCACACGGGACGGGCUUGAGGACCAGCUGCUCGCAGAGGUGGUCAACCUGGAGAGACCAGACCUCGAACAUCUCAAGUCAGAGCUGACUAAACAGCAGAACACAUUUAAAAUCGAGCUAAAGCAGCUUGAGGAUGAGUUACUGACGCGCCUCUUCGCGGCUGAGAGUAACUUCUUGGGAGACAACGUUCUGGUGGAGAAACUGGAGAGCACUAAACACACAGCCGCAGAGAUUGAGAUGAAGAAAACAAGCACGCGUGGUCUGGACCGGGACAUCGAGGGUUCUCCCAAACGCUGGAAGAAAGUGGUGGAGUCAGAGUGUCCAGAGAAAGAGAAACUCCCUCAGGAAUGGAAAAACAAGAGUUCGCUCCAGAAACUCAUCCUUAUGAGGGCUCUCCGACCUGACCGGAUGACAUACGCUGUCCGGAACUUUGUUGAAGAGAAACUAGGUGUACAGUACACCGAGAGCAGGAAGAUGGAGUUUGCACGCUCAUUCAAAGAGUGUGGUCCUGCUUCCCCUGUGUUCUUCAUCUUGUCCCCUGGAGUGGACCCCCUAAAAGAUGUUGAGUCCCUAGGUAAGAAGCUGGGUUUCACUAUAGACCUGGGAAAGCUCCAUAAUGUGUCUCUAGGACAAGGCCAGGAGUCUGUUGCUGAACUUGCCAUGGAAAAAGCCUCUAAAGAGGGCCACUGGGUCAUUUUACAGAUAGAUUGUAUCACCUUCUCUACAUUUAAUUACAUCAACAGAGGCUUGUUUGAGAGAGACAAGCUCACCUUCGCAGCACAGCUUACUUUUCAGUUGCUGUUAAUGAGUAAAGAGUUGGAUCCUCGAGAACUGGACUUUCUGCUACGCUUCAACAUUGAUCACAGUUAUGUCAGUCCACUCGACUUCCUUUCCAACUCCACCUGGAGCGCUGUUAAAACAAUGAGCUUCACCGAUGAGUUCCGUGGUCUGGACCGGGACAUCGAGGGUUCUCCCAAACGCUGGAAGAAAGUGGUGGAGUCAGAGUGUCCAGAGAAAGAGAAACUCCCUCAGGAAUGGAAAAACAAGAGUUCGCUCCAGAAACUCAUCCUUAUGAGGGCUCUCCGACCUGACCGGAUGACAUACGCUGUCCGGAACUUUGUUGAAGAGAAACUAGGUGUACAGUACACCGAGAGCAGGAAGAUGGAGUUUGCACGCUCAUUCAAAGAGUGUGGUCCUGCUUCCCCUGUGUUCUUCAUCUUGUCCCCUGGAGUGGACCCCCUAAAAGAUGUUGAGUCCCUAGGUAAGAAGCUGGGUUUCACUAUAGACCUGGGAAAGCUCCAUAAUGUGUCUCUAGGACAAGGCCAGGAGUCUGUUGCUGAACUUGCCAUGGAAAAAGCCUCUAAAGAGGGCCACUGGGUCAUUUUACAGAACGUUCACCUGGUGGCAAAGUGGCUGGGAAGUUUAGAAAAGCUUCUCGAACGUUGCUGUGUGAACAGUCACCAAGACUACAGAGUGUUCAUGAGUGCAGAACCUUCUCCCACUCAACAGGAGCACAUCAUUCCUCAGGGAAUUCUAGAAAAUUCCAUCAAAAUUACUAAUGAGCCACCCACAGGCAUGCUGGCCAACCUACAUGCUGCCCUGGACAACUUUGAUCAGCUGAACUUUGUUGAAGAGAAACUAGGUGUACAGUACACCGAGAGCAGGAAGAUGGAUGGACCCCCUAAAAGAUGUUGGUUUGGUGAGAUCAUGUAUGGAGGUCACAUUACUGAUGACUGGGACAGGAGACUGUGCAGAACUUACCUGGAAGAGUACAUGCAACCUAACCAGUUUGACAGGAAGUUGUCACUGGCUCCAGGAUUUGUUGUGCCUUCUAACCUGGAUUACCAGGGUUAUCAUGUGUACAUAGAUGAGAUGCUGCCACACGAAAGCCCAGUGCAUUAUGGGCUGCAUCCAAACGCUGAGAUUGAGUUUCUUACAGUGACAUCAGACAGCCUCUUCCACACUCUUUUGGAGCUGCAGUCCAGAGACUCCAACAUGGGCGAAGGAGCCUCACAGACCACUGAAGAGAAGGUGAAGACGAUCUUGGAUGACAUCCUGGAAAAACUACCAGAAGAGUACAACAUGUCUGACAUCACGUCCAAAACAGCUGAACGCUCGCCCUACAUUCUGGUGUGUUUCCAGGAGUGUGAGCGUAUGAACAUUCUCCUCAAUGAAAUAAGACGCUCGCUCAAAGAGCUGGACCUGGGGCUAAAGGGAGAGCUGGCUAUUUCAUCAGAGAUGGAGCAGAUACAGACAGCUCUGUUUUUUGAUAAUGUUCCAGAUACCUGGGCCAGACUGGCCUACCCCUCUAUAUACAGCCUUGGACUGUGGUACAAUGACGUGUUACUCCGCUGUAGAGAGUUAGAUAGCUGGACUCACGAUCUCUCUCUGCCUAGUGUGGUCUGGAUCUCUGGUUUAUUUAACCCUCAGUCUUUUCUAACAGCUGUGAUGCAGAGUUUGGCACGUAAGAAUGAAUGGCCACUGGACAAGAUGAAUUUGACUGUGGAUGUGACCAAGAAGUUCAAAGAGGAGUUUAACCAGUCAGCCAGAGAGGGAGCCUACAUCUAUGGCCUUUACAUGGAGGGUGCACGCUGGGAUAUUCAAGGUGGGACAAUCGCAGAAGCACGCCUGAAGGAACUAACCCCCAGCAUGCCUGUUAUAGCUGUCCGAGCCAUCCCAAACGACCGACAGGAGACGCGCAAUACCUACGAAUGCCCCGUCUAUAAAACCAAACUACGUGCUAACACAUAUAUCUGGACUUUCAGCCUGAAGACCAGAGAGAGGCCUGCAAAAUGGGUUCUGGCAGGGGUCGCUCUGCUGCUUAGUGUGUGA